ACAAUCGAGUUCCGUCGAGGUCAAGCAAGAUAAAGCCGACUGCUUUACAAAGGCGCACUUCAUUGAUUUGCGAUCACGGGCUCAAUUCUUUCAAAUUACCGCCAAGAUGUCCAUGUUCAGGGCGAAGAAGUUUGAUCUUGGGUGCUUUACCAAUGUCAGGACACUCCGUGACCAUUCCAAGCGCAAGGCUUUCGAAGCCGCUGAGCCCGAGAGACAAGCGCUCCGCUACAUCAUCCGCAACACAACGCUUCCUGCCCGUACACGUGCCAUGGCCCAAUUGCAGCUCGCCCAGAUGCACUGCUACACGCGUCCCACUCAGAUCCGAAACCGAUGUAUUCUAGGCGGAAAGUCAAGGGGUGUGCUAAGAGAUUUCAAAAUGACAAGAUACAUGUUCCGCUUAAACGCGCUUGCCGGGAACUUGCCCGGCGUGAAGAAGGCGAGCUGGUAGACGAGGCUGCUAGACUCUUUGAAAGGCAAGGGUGCAGCGCUGUUGGAUAGCAUGUGGAAUUUUUCCGGCAGCCCAGGAACAGCAAUCUAUGAGAAGGCUGUUUGCCCCAACAGACGCGCGGAUGUUGAAUCGACAGCAACAGCACCAUCGACGUCUCGACGUCGGAGUCUAUUCUGUGUACAAUGAUGUUACAUUACCAAACCCAUGAUGAAUAAAUUUCCCAAUGCCCUGAACUCCAAAUCCAUGU